AUGAUAGACGCCUCGACUCGACUACGCAGGGCGAUACUCUUAUCCGAUGCUUUGCUGGUCAAACGCAUCAUCCGCUCCAACCCUGGCAUCUUACAGAACCCCGACUUCAAGGACAAGAGCAGCACGAGUCUACAUCUUGCGGCGCAAGCUGGUUUCGAGGAGAUUGUGGUGAGGACUAUACCCGGCGCAUCCAACGGCGCUCCAACGUCACGAAAGAGCACAGAGACCAACACUCUUUACUGUAGGCANCUUCUUGUCGACGCUGGACAUGACGACAUCGAGAUAUCGCGCAAUUCCGACUGGGACACUCCNUUGAUGCUGGCUGCGCGACACGGCAAUGUUGACGUCGGCAUUCUGCUCGCCAAUCGCUUUCCGCGUUGCAUUCCCAUCACCAACAAGUCAGGCCUGGACGCCGUAUGUUAUAUGCACCCUCUCUGCUACAUAUACAUGCUGACUCUAUGCUUCUCANNGCUCGCCCUGGCGUGCCUCAAUCCUGCGUCUACCCCCUUAGUAUCCUUGCUAUUAUCCCACCCAGAAUACCCCGCUUCCGCCGACGGUCGCGACAACCACGGCGAUACACCUCUCCACCACGCAUCCGCAUCAGGCUCCCUCAAAGCCCUUCGUAUCCUCCUUUCUGCAGGCGCGGACCCGACAGCCAAGAAUGCAUAUGACUGGACACCCCUCGCAUACAGCCAAACAGUAGCCGCAGAGGUCUACUUCAAGAACCUAGUCGCCGAGCUCGAACGUAGGAAAGUCGAGGGAAUACGUGGCGAGCAAGAGAGGAGGGAAGAAGCUAUAAAGCGCAAAUAUGCCGGCGUGCGCCUUGUCACUGAAGACAACGAGCCUUCCUCGCGGCUCAGUGACGACAUGACGAGAUCUGAGAGCAGUAACUCUAUUUCUAGUCCUGUCGACCAGAGGAACGCAUUCACACCAACAUCUUUCACGCCAACUGUUGCGAAGAGCAAUCCUUGGGUUAGUGGUGGCUUUGAGACUAGAGCACGAGCGUGGAGCGGAGAAUAA